UCAAAUCAACUGUCGGAAAACUUUAAAAAGAGUUCUGCGACACAAGUGGUUAGAGUGCAAUGCAUGUAUCUGUGGCCACCAAAACAUUUUUUAGAGAGUCAACUAAUUAAAAGGUGUGAACUACAUUAUUGAAUGACAUGAGAUUCACACCUUGAAGUUCAUAUUUAACUUAUGCCACACUGGUUUUCUAGUGAGGAUCAUGUCAGUUCGAUAAAAACAUUUCUCACAUCCUUAUUUGCUCACUCCCUAAAACUGUGAAGUGUGGCCAUGGUUAUUAGCACACAUCGCACAAUAAAGAUUAAUAAACAAGACGCUCAGUCCAAUAAGUACAUGUACUAUGUACUGACCAUUUGUACUUGUUUUCUCUUCUGAAUUUGGAAUUUCUAUAAAUAUUAUCACAAGAAAUACUGAAUAUGUCAACCACACUAAAAACUGAAAGUCUGCUUUCUUCACAGAUAUACAGUAAGAUGUCUUGAGAUCUUAGAUUACUCAGAUGUUAUAGCAAAUACUAUAUGAAAAUAUGUAAAAAAAAUGCAGAAAAGCACAAAAAUUUACAGGGGAAAGAUCGAGCAAAUGAUGUUUGUUAAUUUGUCUUUUCCAUUAUUUCCGUAUUAUCAUCAACGUUUUUUUGUUUGUUUGCUCUGAUGAUAACAUGGUAUGUUUGACAUAAACCAGGGCUAGAAAUUGCACAAAUGCACAGUGUUAGUUCUUUUUGUUGCAAAUUUUCUUGGGAUCUGUUAUUUCCAAGUAAGAAAUGGUAAAAAGGAAUAUCCGCAUUUCUAGCCCUGUGUUUUUCUUAUUCACCAAUCAACCAAAUUUUCUUCUUCUUCUUUUCCAACAGGAACAGAUCACUAUGUUUAAUCUCUCUCAAAUCUUUUCUUUUUCAGGUGCCCUGACCUAAAUAGUAGAGUCUGCGGUACCCUUCUAAUGUUAUUUGUGUCGGCUAAGUACAUAGUACAUGUACUAUAUUUGGUAUAACUGUUAAUAAUUCAUAUCACUGCUAAAUGCUCACUACUGUAUUGCACUGCAUAUUUUAAUGGUGGCAUUUUGAGUUGAGUUUAGUUGAUGGGGUUUGUGAUGUCUAAUUAGCUAUUGAUUUGUCUAAUGAAAAGUCAACAAUCUGGCAGGGCAAUAUUUUGAACAAAGAGUCUUGUUAUUUGUCUAUGCUAGAAAUGAAGCACUGAACCACUGCAGUUAACCAAAUAAAUACACAAAAAGAUACUACUUACUAAAUUACUUAAUCAAGAAAAAAUACAAGAUUUGGAGAUAAUAACAAAACAUCAGUCAAAUAUCUACCAAUGAAUCAUUGUGAUAGUUCAUUCUUUUCAAAGGAAAAUGGAAUUACUUAGCUUCUGUUGUUUUAAAUCAUUGCACAGGUUUCGUGAUUGUAUUCUACUGUCAGUUCCAAAGUUCAUGAUUUUCCCAUGCUGUCUCAUAUUAGCAUAUACCUUAAAUCAUUAAUGCUAAAUGAAUUUAAUAAAUUUCAUUUAAUAACUAUGCUUUUUGCUGGUGUCUUAUCUUCUAGUUGACGUCUAAAGAAAGAUACACUGUCAUGUCUGAAGAGGUUUACCAAGAUGCACAAAAUGGUUCUGUUCUGGUAUACAACAGACUUCCUGUUAACGGCCAUCUGACUAGCCUGAGUGAGUCAUCCAACGGACAUACUGAUCAGUGCAAGUCUCAUCAUGGGCACAAGUCCUAUGACCAUCAACCCAAGCAAAACGGACAUUACACUAAUGGAUAUUCAAAAAACCUUAAACGAAGCAGUGAGCAUGACUCAUCUAGUGCUUGUCACAGCGAUAACAGCAGUGCUCCCAAAAAGCAUCACAGGAGUCAUGGGCACUCCAAGAAAGGCCACCACCAUCGAAGCCACCACAACAAGAAGAAUAACCAACAGGAUCGAUUUAGUCGGACAGCUAAUGCCUUAAAGCAGGCUGGCUUACUUGAGCUGACUUUGCAAACUGCCCAACUUAUGCAGGAGAAUGAUCAGUUGCAAAAAGAAAUUGACAAACUGCAAGAACAGACCAUCAGCUUUAGCAAAACACUACAAGCUCAGUUAGAGGACAAGCUAAAAGAGAGCAGUAAACUUCCAACUGGUAGGACUAAUGGCUACUCUACAAAUCACACAAAGGAUGGAUAGGAAUAGGUGAUGUGCCAAAUAUGAGAGACUGGCAGGAAAUGGAAAAAACCCCUGACUAGCCUUUUUCUAUGAUGCUAUGGGUGGUAUGCAAACGUAUUCAGGAAAGCAUACUCAACCAAGAAAACAAAAGGCUUGGAUGGGGGUGGAAGGUGGAUGGUGGAUGGGGGAUGGAAAUCUACAACAGUGACUGGUGGAUAUGUUCGGUUGUCACAUGAAAACAAACUGCCCUAAUUAAAUGAAGAUUUACAUUUACCCCCAUAAACAUUAUCCUAGAUCAGGUAAAGCAAUCAGGCCAUAAAAUUGUUCUCCUAUUUAAAUUUUUAUCCAUAAAAUAUAUCAGUAAUUAUUCUUUUCAAUCUAUCACUGGUCUAUCACAUUUCCAAAUAAUUAUGUUUGAUGUCAUUUGAGGAAAACUGUUGACUGGUCAAAAGCAUAGUAUUUUAAACACAUCUCAAAACAACAGUAUAUUGAUUCACGAUUUUGAAACAAGAUAACUUGAAACACAUUUUGAUGGUGGUGUGAACAUGACAUUAAUUUUUCUUAAAAACUAAGGUUUUAGGAUAAAAAAGUAGCUUCAUUUAACUGAAUGAGGGAUGGUUGUUUUGGUAUUGUAUAUACAUUAGUACAGUAGUUUCUUCCAAAAAAUUCCUGUAGAUAUCAAGAAGAGUGUUUGAUAAGGAUUUUGAAAUAUUUGUAGAAUACAGAUACACCUCUAUUACAAUGUCAAACUGCAAAUGAUUGAGUUUAUCAUUUUUCAUAGCCUGCAAUGCAAUUUCUUUCAGUGACAUUAGUGCUUUUCUUUUUGCAUAAAAUGGAAUAGAAAAGAUUCACAUAAAAAAAAUGUGACAGUUUGAAAAUAUUUCUUGUUAAGGCUCGAGUAAUGUACACAUUAAUUAGCAAUGAUGCUUUGCAGGCUGUGAAACAUGGUUAAUCAACAGUUCAACAAAAAAGGAGAACAGGAACCAACCAUUUUUAUUUCUGGUGGGGGGGUUAACUAAUACCUCUCAUGAUCGAUUGUUUUCGUAACCAACAUUAUGGCUUUCUCUGGAAUGUGCUGUGCCCCUUAGAGAAGGAAUGCAUGUAUAAUAUGUAUAUUUUCUUGAAAUGUUGGCUUGCUCAAUAUUUUGGAGUUGAGUUAUGUUACUGCACCCAUCAGAUAUCCAAUGGUUGUUCCCUUAUUUCUUUAUUUUCAACCUAGUGCACAAAGACCACCAAGCACUUCUACACUUCUGCCUGUAGUCUUGCUUGUUAUUUAUUAUAUUCAGAAAAUGAUGGAACUAGUACCAUGACCUUCCCCAGACUUCAUAGCAUAGAUAAAACAUGGAUUUAUUUUUCUUGUGAUAAUCAUGUCUUGAAAUAAUGUAUAAUAUUUAUAUAUUAUUAACAUCUUAAAAAGGUGCUUUGGGAUUUUUACAUAGUUCAAAUAAAUGAGGCGAUAUA